GUCAGAAGUUGUAAGCCAUUUUAAACCUGAGAAUUAACAUACACUAUACCGUGGUGUAUACUCAAGUUAUACCAUCAUAUUAGAUCAAGACAUAAUCAGCUUGGAAGGAUGGCAGAAAAACCUGAAGGCACAGAGGAAUGGGGGGCAAUCGUUCACCGCUAUAAAGGUCUCUUCAACAGUCAAACCAUGAGUGAUAUUCAGUUCAGUUUUGGUGCCUCUCGAGAGUCUACAGUGUAUGCUCAUAAGGUGAUAAUAGGGGCAGCCAGUGAUGUGUUCAAGAGUAUGUUAUAUGGGGACCUUAAGGAGACAAGUGAUGUCAUUGAUAUCCCAGACAUUUCAAUGGAAAUUUUUCUUGAAAUCAUGAGAUUCAUUUACUAUGGGGAAGUUAUCCUAACACCAGAAAAUGUCCUGGAAAUUGUCUAUGCUACCAAGAAGUACCUAGUUCCAGGCUUGGGUGAAAAAUGCAGAAAAUUCCUUGAUGAAA